GUUGAUCAAUUGACAAUUUGUGGAUGUUUUCGAGGUGUUGCAAAUAUAAAAAUAUAAAUUAAAUAUUGGUGAUAUUGGAUAUUGCUCAAUAUUUUUCAGGUGUAUGGCUCAAGUACUGCAGAAGUAAUCUUUGCUGAGCUGAUUGACAAUGGAGGCACUGGUCAUCGUGCUGGAUGUGGGACCCUCCACUGGAACACUGUGUGCUGAUGGAGGAGCCACCUUCAUUGACACAGCCCUGCUGUGCUGUGACCGCAUUGCUCAGAGGAAGCUAUUCGAGGACAAGAACAAGGAUCACAUGGCCGUGGUGGUGGUGGGCUCAGAGGAGAGUGACAACCGCCUGGCGGACGCCGACGCCGACCAGUACCAGCACGUGAGCCUGGCGCGCCGGCUGGCGCCUGUGGACUGGCCGCUGGUGCGCAUGCUCAGCCCGGACCGGCUGCACGCCACGGAGGCGCAGGGCGACUGGCUGGACGGCCUGGUGGUGGCGCUCGACCACCUGGUCGAGAUGAUCCGCACGCACAAGUACCAGCAGCGCCGGAUCGUGCUGCUGACCGACUUUGGUGGGCCGCUGUGCACCGACCAGCUGGAUGCCAUCAAGGCCGGACUCAGGAAGUACGAUGUGGACCUGAUGGCCAUCGGGACGGAGCUGGCCACCGACGGUAGUGACGAGAUGCAGCUGAAACCCACCGGCAAGACGGAGCCCGCCGACGACCUGCAGAUGAAGACCGAGGACGGGUCGGCGCUGGGCGGCGGCGAGCCGCGGCCCGGCCCGUCCGGCGCGCGCGGGCUCUACCGGCACGACGGCAAGGCCAAGACGCGUCAGCAGCUCGAGGGCGAGUCGGCCGUGGUGCAGCUGAUCCGCGCCGUCGACGGCGGCUUCUUCACCUUCGAGCAGGCGCUGCCGCAGCUGCUCUUCUUCCACAAGCGGAAGUCGCGCGCAGCGCCGUGGAACGCUCCGCUGCAGAUCGGCGAGAGCCUCUCCAUCAACAUAACCGGCUACAGCCAGAUCAAGAAGGUCACCAUGCCGUCGUGGCGUAAGCUGGCGGCCGGCCCGCAGCCGGCGCCGGUGAAGCGGCGGACAACGUACGAGCGCCAGGACGAGCAGCGCUCGGCUGUGCCGUUCGAGGAGACGGAGCGGGCGUACCGGUACGGCACAACGCUGGUGCCGUUCUCGCGGCUGGACCAGCAGGAGCUCGAGUACCGCAGCGGCGCGCCUCGCUCCAUCCAGGUCCUGGGCUUUACGUCCGCCUCCAACGUUGGGCCGCACCUGUACCAGGACACGCAGACGGUGCAGGUGGUGGCGCGGCGCGGCGACACCGGCGCAGAGGCGGCACUCUCGGCGCUGAUCCACGCGCUCCAGGAGACGGACAUGGUGGCGGUGGCACGGCGCACCUACAACAACGGCGGCACGCCGCGGCUCGGCGCGCUGCGGCCCAACAUCCGACACGACCUCGAGUGUCUGGUCUGGGUGCAGCUGCCGUUCGCAGAGGACAUGCGUAACCCGCUGUUCCCUCCGCUGCCGACGGCCGUCCCUCAGGAGACGCUGUCGGCCGUCGAUCAGCUCAUCGACGCCAUGGAUCUGACGGCGCCGGCGGCCGAGGAGGCCUCGGAGCGGCUGGAGCCGGGUGCGCUGCUCAGCCCGCAGUUCCAGCGGCUCUACCAGGUGCUGGCGGCGCGCGCGCUCCACCCGGGCGAGCCUCUGCCGCCGCCGGACGCCGAUCUGCUGCGCCAGCUGAGCCCGGACCCGGCGCUGGCGGCGCCGGACGCCCUGCGCGCCGUGGCCGCCGCCUGUCCGCUGACGGAGCUGCUGCUGCCCCACCAGCGCCGCGAGACCGGUCGAGACGUGUUCCAGGCGGCGGCCGCCGCCGCGCCCGACCAGGCCGGCCCGGCAGCCACCGUCACCGACCUCAUCAAGCCAGAAGUCACCGAGGUGGGCACCGUCAACCCGGCUGAAGACUUCGACGUCCUGCUUCGACGCGACGACGUGCGCUUCGACGAGCUGUGCUCGCAGAUGCAGCGGGUCAUCUCGCGACUGGUGCGUGAGUCGCUGACGCGGCCGGCGCUGCUGGAGAAGACGGUGGCGGCGAUCGGACGGCUGCGCACGGCGUGCCGGGGCGUGUCGCCGGCCGCGUACAACGCCUGGGUGGCUGAGGCGCGCGGCCAGCUGUCGGAGCGGCCGGCCGUCUGGCAGCGCGUGGUCGCCGACCGGCUCGGACCGAUCGUGGCCUCCGAGAGCGCCCACCCGGCCGCUGAGGAGGCCGAGGCGACCCGCUUCUACGAUGGCGGCGCGGCGGCGGCGGCGGCAGUGGAGGCGGUCCAGGCGGCCGAACAGGAGGCUGCAGAGGACCUCCUGGACGACCUGUGAGCGGCCGGCCGACUGACCGGACUCACCCGGCGCGGCGACGGAUCAGACUCACCCGGCCGGCGACGGAUCAGACUCACCCGGCGCGGCGGAUAAGGGUAUCGCACAAACGGCCACCUCCCCUCCCGGUGUCUUGGGUAGUCAUCUGCCUCAGCGGCUAGAGACUGCUGUGUUGUGUGAUGUUACGCUCGACAGCUGACUACAGCCAACCCCCACCGUGUGGAUUCAUUGCAGCACUUAGUGCCUUGCCUCGCAAAAUUGGCCGAUGCGCCCUUGCGUUUGUUGAUAAACGUUUGAGGUAGGCAGAUGGUCAAGCUAAGAGGAUCGAGAUCGUUUCGUUGUUUUUCUUCAAUUCCCAGGCAGAGGAACCUUUCCGUGGCGUCCUGUCAUGGUUUAUGUUUGUGAUCAUAAGUGUGAUGCUUUUGAGCCUCGUUUGCGCUUUUGUUUUUCAGCGAUUGUAUUUGUUACUCUUCUUGCUGUGUCAUGUACGUCGGUAGAUUCAUAGACAUGGUUGAUAAUACCUGGCUAGUGCGCUUCUAUUCGAUUAGUUUAGGAUGUAUUGAUGCGUUUGCACGGUUCGUUCAAUCUCUAGGGCAACACAGUCCCCGUCUCUCACUGGUUUCAGCUGCAAGGGGCCUUCGUGUAAGCGACACAAGCCCGGUUCCACAUCGUCGAAUCAUAAAUUAUUGCGGUACAAAUGAAUUCACCAUUGACUGGUCCAUGACUGCUUCUAGAGGUGCCAUUUGAUGUGACGUGCGCCUGGCCUGAUGUAAUACAGGGCAUCCGUGUCUCGCA